AUGUGAUGGUCUGUCACGUGCCUCUCCACUUCCUGCUGACUCGGUCCAGCUUGUGUCAUGUCGUCUUAGUUUGGACCCAGUCGGAACCGCGAUCAUGUCGUCUGGGCUCAGGUGUUCCCACCGCGGCUCCGUGAAACUGCUUCUGUUGUUCGCGGCGUGUUCGGGCCUUUUGCAGGUUCGGUUCGCAGCUGGGGAGGACCUCUGGUACCAGGACCUCUGCAGUUACCAAUGGGAGGCGAUGGACCAGGACAAUCGGGUCAAAUACUCUCUGAGUCUCUGCCCGUCUUCAGAAUCUACCAGCUGUGGGCCUGCCGCUGCAGUGUGCGCUCAGAACCUCGACGGCACCGCGGCCCAUUCAGUCGGUGAGCGGGCGCUGCAGAGGCUCUCCGGCUCCGUUCUGGACUUCAACAGCACCCUGCUCUGCCCCAACAGCUCCAGCAGGGUCCGGACCAGCAUCAGCUUCCAGUGUGGGACGACCCUGGGCUCUCCAGAGUUCGUAGCCUUCUCUCAGUGUGUCCAUUACUUUGAAUGGAAGACUUACACGGCCUGUAAGAAGGACAAGUUCAAGCCCCACAAAGAGGUCCCGUGUUACAUUUUCGACUCUGACGGGAAGAAACACGACCUCAGUCCUCUGAUCAAACUGAGAGAUGGGUACCUGGUGGACGACGGCGAUGAUAACGUGGACUUCUACAUCAACGUGUGCAGAAGCAUCACCUGAGACUACAGUACACCUUAGGAGAAGGCUCCGCCCCUCCCUCCAGGUGCGGGGAGCACGCUCCAGCCGUCACCAUCACCUUCCUCUGUCCUUCCAGAAGACGACAGGGCAGCCCCCCCAAGAUGACGGCCAAUCAGAACUGCCGCUACGAGGUGGAGUGGGUGACGGAGUACGCCUGUCACCGCGACUACCUGGAGAGCCGCAGCUGCAGACUGACCAGCACGCAGCACGACAUCUCCGUCGACCUGACGCCGCUCACCCUCAGCUCUGCAGAACAUCCGUACUACGCCCACUCCGGAUCCGGCUCGGACAGCUACGUCUUCUACCUGAACGUCUGCGGGAAAGCCCUCACAGAGGAAUGUGGAGGGGACCCGUUCGUGUCCUCCUGCCAGGUGAAGGUGUCCUCCCCCAUGAGCAAAGUGGCUGGAAGAUACCAGAACCAGACCCUGCGGUACUCGGAUGGAGAUCUGACUCUGAUCUAUCCAGGAGGCGCCAGCUGCUCCUCUGGCUUCCAGAGAAUGACCAUCAUCAACUUCCAGUGCAGCAAAAACGCCACCAACUCUGGGAGGGGGAGCCCCGUCUUCGCUGGGGAGACGGACUGCACCUACUACUUCAACUGGGAGACGGCCUUCGCCUGCGUCAGGGAGGAGGAGGAGCUGCUGUGCCGCGUCACCGACGACAGAAGGCGCUACGACCUGUCCCCCCUCACCCGAUACCCCGAAUCCGACUCCAGCCAAAACUGGGAAGUUGAAGACGCCAAAUCCACCAAGUCCAGCUCGCGCUACUUCCUGAACGUCUGCCAUAAGGUGAUCCGCGCGGCGGGGGCGGAGGCGUGUCCGGAAGAGGCGUCCAUCUGCGGCGUGGACCAGAAGAACCAGAGCAUCAGCCUCGGCAGCUUCCUGUCCCCCCCCUACAAGACCCGCACAGGAAGUGACAUCAGACUGGUGUACACAGACGGCAGCCUGUGCUUCAAUAACAAGAGGGUCCAGAGUAUUCUGACCCUCCGAUGUAAACCUGGAGACACUGAGAGUCCUCCCGUCCUCCGCAGCGUCUCCACAGACCAGUGCUUCUACGAGCUGGAGUGGUUCACGGCUGCAGCCUGCGUCCUGUCCAAGACUCAGGGGGAGUCCUGCAGGGUGGGGGACCCCCAGGCAGGGUUCUCCUUUGACUUGUCUCCGCUCUCCAAACCUGACGGCGGUUUCUACAACCUGACCAACGGCAAAUACUCCUACCUGAUCAACGUGUGCGGCCCGGUCAAAGUGGGCUCCUGUCCUGAGGGGGCGGGGGCCUGCCAGGUAGGAAACAGCUCCUGGAGUCUGGGAGGAGCCAGCUCCCGCCUGUCCUACUACGACGGGCUGAUCCAGCUGAGCUACAGGAACGGCUCUCAGUAUAACGACGCCCAGCACACGCGCAGGUCCACCCUCAUCUCCUUCCUCUGUGACCCUGAAGCCGGGCUGGGAAACCCCCAGUUCCAGGUGGAGGACAACUACACCUACAACUUCCUCUGGUACACCUCGCUGGCGUGUCCCGAAAGAGCGCACCAGUGUCUGGUGACGGACCCCGGAACGCUGGACCAGUACGACCUGUCUAGCCUGUCCCGCUCCAGCAGGAACUGGAUGGCAAUGGACCUGUCUGACCCUCAGAGCAGGAAGAGUUAUUACAUCAACAUCUGCCGCGCCCUCGUCCCCGUGGUCGGCUGUGACCGCGACGCGUCCGUCUGCGAGAUGACAUACGAGACCCAGCAGGGCUCUCCGAAGGAGGUGGUCUCUGUCAGCAACAUGGGGGUCUCCAAGAGAGGCCCGGUCAUCGAGGGGCGGGACCGACUGCUGCUGGAGUUCACGGACGGCUCGGCGUGCACAUCGGACGGCCUGAAGAUGUCCUUCACCUCCCGCAUCCACCUGAUCUGCUCCAGAGGAACGCUGUCCAUGCCGCCUCGAUUCGAGUCCAACCAGAACUGCACCACCACCUUCAUAUGGGAGACGCGAGCGGCCUGCGCCAUCCGGACAAGCGAGGACAGAAACCAGACCUGCUCCGUGGUCGACCCAAACACUGGUUAUGAGUACAACCUGCAGCUCCUGGCCUCCAGGACCGGCUACAACACCAGCGCCAAUGGCAAAGACUUCCUGCUCAACAUCUGCGCAGACGCUCCAGGAUGCGGGGAGGGCAUGGCGGGCUGCGAGCUGGAACACGGGAAGCCCGUCAGUCCGGUGGGGGUCACCAAGACCCUGCAGUAUUCCACCGACGGCAGACUGAAGCUGACGUACCGCGGGCCGCUGCUGGAGAGUUCAGCUACGCGGGAUACCUUCACCGUGAACUUCGUGUGCGACCCAAACUCCCACCCCGGCGACCCGAAGGCGUUCCAGGUGCUGCGGGAGGAGAUGAGUACGGUGGGCAACCGCACCACCCACGACGCCGUCUUCAACUUCUACACCGCGCUGGCCUGCACGCCGGCCCCCGUGGACUGCAGCAUCUCAGAUGCUCUCGGGAACGAGUACGACCUGAGCCGGCUGAUCCGGAACGAGGACGACAGCCCGUGGAUCCCCAUCGACACGGGGGCGGGGCGCCGCUUUUACAUCAACGUCUGCAGGCCCCUCCCCCCUGGGACAGACUGUCCAGUCGGUCCCCUGGGCGCCUGCGGUCUGGUCGGCGGGAAGAAGGUCAACCUGGGAUAUGUGCAGUCGAUGCCGCAGGUGGCGGAGGACGGCUCCAUCAGCAUCGUGUACCAGAACGGAGAUCAGUGCGGCGCAGCGUCCCGCUACUCCACGCGCAUCAUCUUCCAGUGUGACGACAGUGUGGGCGUCCCCAUGUUUGACCGUCAGGGCGGAUGUGAAUACGUCUUCAUGUGGAGGACGUCUGAGGCCUGCCCCAUCAGGAGGUCCAGAGGCGAGAACUGUCGGGUCCAGGACCCCAGGAGCGGUUUUCAGUUCGACCUGAGUUCCCUGAAGAACAGAGACUUCACCGUCAGCAACGAGAAGUACGUCUACCACCUGUCGGUGUGCGGGCCGCUGCAGAAGGGCGUCUGCACCCACAGAGAGUCGGGCGCCGAGUCCGUGUCUUCCUGCCAGGUGACCGGAAGCAGCCAGAAGAUCGCAGGAAUGUCCAACCAGAACCUGGUGUUCGUGGGGGACCAGAUCCUCCUUAACUACACCAGCGGGGAGACCUGUCACCGGGUCUACCAGAGGUCCACCCUCAUCUCCUUCUCCUGCCACCCCGACGCAGGGCCUGGAGCGCCGGAGUUCAUCAAGGAGACCCCGGACUGCACCUACCUGUUCAGCUGGCCCACCGCGCUGGCCUGCGUCCCGUUCAAGACCGUCAGCUGCUCCUACAAUGACGGUCAGGGCCGCUCUUAUGACCUCUCACCUCUGGCGCUGACCUCUGGGAACUGGGAGGCGGAGCUUCCCACCCAGGACACGCAGAGGCGGUUCUUCCUGAACGUCUGCAGGUCUCUAGUGCCGCCGGGAGGCCCGUGGAGCUGUCCGUCUGGCGCUGCGUCCUGCAUGAGGAACGGGGACGGCUACCUGAGCCUGGGUCAGGUGGAGUCCGGUCUGGAACCGGACGGGAACGUUCUGAAGCUGCAGUACACCGGCGGGCGGCUCUGCCCGGACAGAAGACGCAACAGAACCAGCAUCAUCCGCUUCAAGUGUGACAAAGACCGAGUGGACUCCCGGCCCAUGCUGAUCUCGGAGAUCGAGGACUGCGUCUUUACCUUCCUGUGGCUGACGGCCGCCGCCUGUCCUCUGAACUCCAGCAUGCACGUCGGCUGCAGAGUCGCCAACCCCACCACAGGUCACCUGUUCGACCUGAGCUCUCUGAGGAAGGAGGGCGGCUACACCGUGUUCGACCCCCAGCAGCAGCAGAGGGUCAUCCACAUCAACAUCUGUGGUGGAGUGGACAGCAGCGCGUGUGCCUCUGGAACCGCGGUGUGUUUCUCUGACGUCAGCGCGGCGGUGAGCGGCGGUCAGAUGAGCCAGACGCUGUCGUUCCGCGACGGUGAGGUGGAGCUGACGUACGAGGGGGGGAGUCCGUGCGCCGCAAACCCGGACCUCAGACACAAAAGCAUCGUCCACUUCAUCUGCAGACCGGCCCAGAUGAGCACAGCUCCCCCAGAACCGGUCCUGAUCAGCUCCGACCCUCACACCUGCACUCACUUCUUCUCCUUCUACACACACCUGGUGUGUGAAAAGCCGGUCACGUGUUCGGUCCAGAGCGGCUCCUCCCUGAUAGACUUGACUCCUCUGAUCCACGUCACCGGGUUCUACAGGGCAGAAGAUCAAACUGUGGGUCAAAGUGGCAAACCUCCAGACUUCUUCAUCAACCUCUGUCAGCCGCUCAACACGAUCCCUGGAGUGGCGUGUCCUCCUGGAGCCGCCGUCUGCAUGGACCCUGACGAUGGCCCCCCAGUGGACAUCGGCCGAGCCACGAAAGGCCUGGAGAUCAACACGGACACGUCUGAGGUGUCAAUCACCUACAACAGCUCCACGCCAUGCACAGAUGAUCAGAACUACUCCUCCACCAUCGUAUUCAGCUGCAAGAGGGGCAUGGACCUGGGUUCUCCGCAGAUGCUGCGGCAGCAGGGCUGCGUGUUCCUGUUUGAGUGGGAAACCCCGUUAGUCUGCCCAGACUCCACCAACAGCAGCGGCUGUCAGCUGACCGACUCGCAGCUCCAGUUCACCUUUGACCUGCGGAGCCUCUCUGAAGACGUCCAGGUGAAGGCGGACUCGGGAACGUAUCACCUCCACGUUUGCGGCGGCGUGACAGAACCGGCGUGCAAACAAAGCGCAGUGUGUCUGGUGUCCGGCUCCGGGUCCAACAGAUCGGCCUCUUCGUUUGGGAUCAGAAAAGCCAUGAGCAUGGACUACAAACACGAGGAGCAGGGCCUGCUGAUGAAGUACGGCGGCGGAGAUCAGUGCCCACCAGUGACGCCUGAGGGUAAAGCCUGCUCCUUCCCCUUCAUCUUCUUGAAGGAGUCCUAUCUGGACUGUACCACCAACGGCAGGACGGACGGCAGGAAGUGGUGCGCUACCACCCCUGACUACGACCGGGACCAGAAGUGGGGCUUCUGCGGUGAAGUCACUGCUAAGCGGGAGUCCUCCAUACUCUUCAGUUGUGACCGGUCGGCGGGCCGCGGCUCCCCCAAACUGGUGGCAGAGACGGUAGGCUGCUCCUCGGAUUUCCAUUGGGCCACCAGCGCCGUCUGCCCCCCCAUGAAGAUGGAGUGCAAGCUAGUCAUCAAGCACCAGACGUUCGACCUCCGGAGCCUGUCCUCGCUCACCGAGCCGUGGAAGUUCAAAUACCAAAGGCAUUCGUACUUCAUCAACCUGUGUCAGGGGAUCCACGGCGGCGUGAUGGGCUGUCCGGAGGACGCCAGCGUGUGCCGGCACUCUGCAGGCGGCCUGACCCAGACCCUGGGCCGAGUCUACACUCAGAAGAUGAGAUACGAUGAGGGACAGAUUUCCAUCCAGUACACGGAAGGAGACGAGGUCUGCGGGAACCAGGUGAAGGCCUCGGCGCUGAUCCAGCUCAGCUGUGGCUCCAUGGUUGAACAGCCCUCCCUGAUUAGGGUGGACAUGGCGUCCUGUCAGUUUGUGUUCCACUGGAAAACUCGCUCGGCGUGCGCCGUGAAGCAGCAGGAGGUGAAGAUGGUCAACGGGACCAUCCGGGUUCCUGACACAGGUGCCAGUCUGAGCCUGGGGGCCGUCUACUUCAGCUACCAUCAGGCAUCGGGCGACAUCCGUCCCAACGGAGACCGUUACAUCUACCACAUUCAGCUGUCGGGGAUCACCAACUCCUCCCUGAUCAGCUGUGAGGGCGCCAACAUCUGCCAGGUCAAGAUGAACGCCAAAUACAGGCGCAGGAUCGGAAACUCCACCGAAGCCAAGUACUACAUCAAAGGCGGAAACCUGGACGUCAUCAUUCCCUCCAAUUCUUCAUGUGGACGCGUCAAGUCCAAGAACGUGUCGUCCACCAUCAUGUUCCAGUGCAGCCCGUCUGCGGGGGUGGGCAUCCCGGAGUUCAUGCUGGAGACGGAUGAGUGCCAGUACCUGUUUGUGUGGCACACGGAGGCUGUCUGUGGGUUGAUGUGAGUCCUACAGGAAAUGUUUCUUUUGGCAUUUCUGUGUUUAAAUAAAAUGUUUACACGGAGAA